AGUGAAUGAAACAAAAAGAAUUCGUAUCAGACGGAAAACGGUUGUGCUGGCGAACGGUUGUGUUUCAAAAGAUUAUCAAGUUGAAAAUUUCUGUUGAUAAUAAUAAUUUACGAGUGUUGUACGGUUGGACGUGGGAUUAACAGUUAAUUUGAAAAAAAAUAAUUUCUUUUCAAAAGUGAAUUUCCUUUAGAAAUAUUUAAGUUGAAGCUGCCAUGGCAUUUCUAAAAAAGUGGAAAAAUAAUGGCAAGCACAGAAAGCUCAGUGAAGAAUGGGCGCUGGCAACUAGCUUAAAAGAUUUAUCAGAAAAUCAUUGCGACGCUGAUGAUGAAACUGAAUCGGAAACGUUUGCGCUGAAAUAUUUGGGAAAUACGGUGAUUGAAUCGGCAAGGUCCGAAGAGGCAACAGCUGAGGCAGUAAAGGCUAUCAUAUCAACAGCAAAAGCUAGCAACAGAAAGCUUCAACGAAUCAACUUGACCAUAUCAUCGAAAGGUAUUGAAAUGUUCGAUAGUGUAACCAGUGAAUCGUUAAUGAGAGUGUCAAUAUAUAAAAUAUCGUAUUGUUCGGCUGAUGCAGCCAAUGCCAACGUGUUUGCAUUCGUUGGAAGUGAGGACACCAAUAACCGGAACGCGUCCGAUACAGAAUCCCUAGUUUGUUAUGCAUUUUUGUGUCCGAAACGGAAGGUUACGCAUAAAGUUACUCUGACCGUGGCGCGAAGCUUCGACGCAGCCUAUCAGAUCUGGCGAGAAUCAGAUCAACGGAAGAAGUACAAAUUUGGACAGCGUCAAAAUCAGAAUUCUGUAACUUGUACAGAGAAACGGCAGGCACAGGAUAGUGACGAAAUCCGAAGCCUCUUAAUUGAUUUCCAUUCCGAAAUUACAGCUGAAAUAUGUGCCAAGGAUCAUCGGAAUCUGCUGCAGAAUACAUGGGUAUCGUUUGAGGACAAUGACGCCGACAAUGAUGAUCAUUUCACAAAAUCCAAAUUGCACGACGAUUCAUUGUGGGAACGACAAAUGAUUAAUUGUUCUUGAACUGAACUUUGGGGAUUGAAGCGAUUGACAGUGAAAAGUGAUGAUAUGAUCGUGGAAAACGAUCGAUUCAUGGAAUUGUUGGAAGCUAUUUAUGUGAUUGUUAUUAUGAGGCUUGUGUUUAUUGUAUCAAUAAUAAGUUUUUGUUUUAAGGGAUUCUGUAAGUAUUGCAUGUGAAAUAUUGUUUUUUUGAAUAAAAGACAGAACGAAUAUUAGAAAAA